AUGGAGGGCACACCUCCAGAUGGCGGUGCGGUUCGCAAGAAGCCAAAAACCACAUCACGACCUCAGCAACAACGAAGGUAUACGUCUAAUCACAACAUCUCGAAUGAACAAUCCGUAAAUCACCAAUCGCAACAAUCAAUGUCAAAAUUAGCACCUCUAAUUCUACAAGGUGCACAAUUAGGUCGUUACGACCUAAAUAAAAUCAUUAAAACUCACUUACCAGCUGUUCGAUUGACAGACAUUCAAUGCAAUAAAAAUGGAACGAUAACGAUGUUUGCAGCGGAUGUCAAAAGUUUCAACGACAUUUUACUCGAAUUACCGAAACAGAAAUUUGGUAACGCAACAAACGUGAAGGUGUUCAUACCACGUACAAUACAGCGUGUUAUGGACACAGAGAAACAGGCGUUUUUGAAAAACGUCAAUGUACGAAUUACAACAGAUGAAAUUGAACUAGCACUGACGUCAGUCGGUCUUCUAGUCGAAAAGGUUGAACGUCUAAAAAACCACACAAAACAGCACGACGGUACGACAGUUAAAGUAACAUUUGCCGACGUUUUUAACCGUAAUACGAUCGUCAGAACAGGGCUACAAAUUGACCAUAUGUUUAUCGCUACGGAGGCUGCAAGAUUUGCAACAAAACCGGUUCAGUGUUUCAUCUGUUUAGGCUAUGGUCACAUUAGUAAGUACCGUCGUGAUAAGCAGCAAAUAUGUUCGAGGUGUGCUGGCUCACAUGAUGUGAAAAAUUGCGCAGAAGCUGAUACCAAUAUCCAAUGUAAAAAUUGUAGUGGACAUCAUCAUGCUACUGAUAGUAAAUGUCCAAAAUAUCAAGAAAUAAAAGUGAGGUUGCUCUAUAACAGUAAAUGUAUAAGAUGCCGGUUUCUUCACAAAAGGAAGGUGUUACAAAUCGUAAAACAUUUCGUAUGA